CAAAAUGGCGUCUUACUUGGAAAACACGCGAAAACAUUUUCAAACAAAUAACAGAGUGAGGGAAUCGCAGGCACACUCGGCGAAGGUUCAUUCAGUAGCAUGGAAUUGUGAUGGGAGACGACUUGCCUCUGGGUCAUUUGACAAAACUGUCAAUGUUUUCAUGUUGGAACGAGACAGAUUGGUGAAGGAUUUGACCUUUCGUGGCCAUGGCGACAGUGUAGACCAGCUGUGCUGGCAUCCCAAACACCCAGAUCACCUUGUCACCGCAAGUGGAGACAAAACUGUCAGAAUCUGGGAUGCAAGAACCAACAAAUCUGUCGCAACAGUUAACACAAAAGGGGAGAACAUCAACAUCUGCUGGUCACCUGAUGGGAGUACAAUCGCUGUGGGCAACAAAGAUGACCUCAUCACAUUUAUAGACAUCAGAAGUCACAGGUCAAGGGCAGAGGAGCAGUUCAAGUUUGAGGUCAAUGAAAUUUCCUGGAACAAUGAAGGAGAUUUGUUCUUCCUGACCAGUGGUCAAGGCAGUAUACACAUCCUAAGUUACCCAGAGCUGAAGCUACAGUACUCACUGACAGCUCACCCAGCCAACUGUAUUUGUAUUGAGUUUGACCCUGUGGGAAAAUACUUUGCCACAGGAAGUGCUGAUGCCCUCGUCAGUCUCUGGGACUCCAACGAGCUGGUGUGUGUGCGUACGUUCUCAAGGUUGGAUUGGCCGGUGCGAACCUUGAGUUUCAGUCACGAUGGACGUCUGCUAGCGUCUGCUUCUGAAGAUCUGGUCAUAGACAUUGCUGAGGUGGAAAGUGGUGAAAAGGUCACAGAGAUCGCGUGCGAGUCCCCAACAUUCACAGUGGCCUGGCAUCCGAAGCGCUACCUACUGGCUUUCGCUUGUGAUGACAAGUACGAAGGACAUCGAGACGAACGAGGCACGGUCAAAGUGUUUGGUAUUCCCAGCGACCCCUGACCUGUGAAGGACUUGGUUAGAGGAUCAAACUGAUUAGGUUAUUGAACCAACAUGUCUGUAAAAAGACGAUAGCCUCGUGAUUGACCCCAGAGUCAGAUCUUGUAUGUAAAACAGAGAUUGCUGUUGUCAAGGUUACAAGGUACUAACAGGUAUUUUCCGACUGUCUUUAAGACUCUGGCAGUUGUUUAGCUGGAUAGAGAUCUAAUCAUCAGAAAGACGAAGAGGCUUGUUGAUCAAUGGUUUACAUGGGCUGUUAUAGUUUAUCUGAAGCAUUUAUGGAUUCCAUUGGUUUAUACUGAAGACGGUGCCUUUUUAGUCAGAAAUCUGGUGACAUUUGACCAGGAUACUGUAUUAUAUAUUGAAUUUCACAGCAGUGUUUUAUAUCAGUAGCAUAAAGAAUCGUCAUAACCUUAAAUUAGCAGCAAAAAAUAAGUCUGAGCUCAUCAAUCUUUAAGAAAUCACCUACAAUUAUAUGUGGUAUUUUAUGAUUCUAUGGUGAAUGUUUUGUAGUACAUGUAUAAAUAUGUCCAGGUUUUCCUUGUCACAGCUUUAACGGACCUCUCACAGGGAACAAACGACAGACAUUGUGUGUGAUCUAUGUAUUACAAACAAUAGUAUAUGUUAGCAAGCGGGUACAUGAACUUUGUUUUUUCUGACAUUCUCUUUGGUGCAAAUGUGAUACAAGACCUUUGCAGUAUGAAUUGAAUUUGUAGCAAAG